AUGUCCUUCCCCUACAAAAACAUCCUCCUCAUAGGCGCAACAUCCGGCAUAGGCGCCUCCCUAGCCGACAAACUAAUCUCCCACGGCGCCAGAGUCACCGCCGUCGGCCGCCGUCAAGACCGCCUCGACGCAUUCACCAAGAAACACGGCGAAAAAGCCAACGCAAUCCAGUACGACAUAACCGACACCGCCGGCCUCGACAACUUCAUCCAAACGGCAACUCAACACCCCAUAGACUGCGUGUUCCUCAACGCAGGCGUCCAAUCACCCAUACGGCUCUCCCGCCCUUCUGAAAUCGACCUCGCGGCCUUCCAUGCCGAAAUCAACACCAACUUCACAUGUAUCGUGAAUCUGUGCGUGAAAUUCGCAGCCGUGCUGCUGGACAAACCGUAUCCUACUGCCCUUGUUGUCACGGGCACGCAUCUCAGUCUUGUGCCGGCCGCGACGUUACCCGCCUAUAGUGCGAGUAAAGCUGCACUGAGAGCGUUCUUCGACUGCUUUAGGAGACAGAACCAGGGGAAGAAUUGUAAAUUUAUUGAGAUUUCGCCGCCGGUUGUGCAGAGUGAAUUGCAUGAUUAUAUGGGACAGGGGGGACGGAAGUUAGGUAUGCCGGUGGAUGAGUUUGUUGAUCUGGCGUAUGGGCAGCUGGAGAAGGGGGAGGAGCAUGUUAAUGUUGGGCAGCCGCUGGGUGCGACGGCUGAGUCGUAUGCUGAGUUUGUGGGGGCGAGGCAGAAGAUGUUUGAUGGUAUUGCUGAGGCUACGCUUGCUCAUUUUGAGCAUUGA